AUGCCCGAACAAGAUGGGGAAAAUCUCUAUACCAUCCUGACUACCUUAUUUACCCUAAUACUCAACCAUAAACCAGACGCCCCAGUGAUCCUGGAUACGGCACAUCGUUCUCUGAGACGCAAAUCGGCCACAGGCGAUACACCAAGAGAUAUUAUAUGCCGUGUUCAUUAUUAUGCUCUAAAGGAAGAUGUACUGAAACACCUCAGAGAUACCUCAGCCCCCAUGCGGUUUCAGGGACAUGAGAUACAGAUAUACCAGGAUCUCUCCUGGCACACCCUGCAAGCAAGGAGGGCCCUUCGGCCCAUAACAGACCAGCUCCGCAUGCGCAAUCUGAGAUACAGAUGGGGCUAUCCUUUUGCCCUCAUCGUCAACACCCGCGGAACCACGUUCACGAUCUCCACGCAUCAAGACAUCACCCCCUUCACUAAAGCACUGAAUCUAACAGAAACGAACAUCUUGGAUUGGUACGCACUGGAUCCAGCACUCACCGCACCAUCAGCGCAGCAAAGACCACGAUGGAGAUCCCCGGCAAAGAGGCAGAGGUUGGCCCACGCUGGACAUAUACCGCAGGGGGCAGGAGGACAGAACAACACCAUAGAACACUAG